CUUUCUUCACCAUCGCAGGUUGGAGGCCGUCGCUCUUUGGUUGGAGGCCAUCGCUAUUAAAAGCAGCUGCACUCAAACCCAUUGAGUGGUGGAAGUUCUUGGAGUUAUAUAACGUGGCCAGCAACAGUGGCUCAAGCGAUGUCUUUGCUUUUUCAAAUGGCCAGAUGGCCAACCCUCUGCUUGACGAGAGUCACGCAAUCGCAGCCUUCAAGCAGCAGCUCGGUAUCCACAUCAAAGAGGAGGACGAGUUUGGAUGGAUUGCAGAAGUUGGUAUCCAAAGCCCACUUCCUCCACGCUGGACGGCACAUUCCGACAGUUCAUCGGGCUUCGUAUACUAUGUGGAUCACGACAGGCAAGUCAGCAGUUGGGAGAAUCCCUUGGUGCCUUGCCUACGGCGAAUCGUGGAGAUAGGCCGAAACUACCUGAAAUGCUAUUCGGCCGGUUAUUUUGAGGAGCAGAAGGGUAUUUUGUGGCACCAGCAUAAGCAAGAACUGGACAAGUGGCAUGGCCCCUUUAUGGAUGAUUCUGGGCGCCAGUAUUUCGUCAACUCUGAGGACGGUAUUUCUUCUUGGCAGGACCCGCGAAUAGACGCGCAGUACAUCUUCGAAUUGGAGAGUGGUUUGCUGACCAGCCUGGAAGAAAUUCUACCUCCAGCAAGACCAGACACUCCGAACUUUGAGCCCAAAGAUGGCGAGGAUGGACGUCAGUGGAAAACUGCUGAGGGUGCGGAAGUUCUCACUUUGGAUGACACGAGCAAGAUCAUCACCACAGCAGCUAAGAAGACUUUCCGCGAGCGCAAGUCCAGGACACUCACCUCGACUGCGCAAAAGACCGCCAGAGCUGAGUAUCGCUCGACCAUGGAAAAGAUGAGUUCUGUGGCCGAGCGGCUUCGAUCUUUGCAGCUCGACGAGGAAGAAUCGCAGCGGCUGCAGCUGAUGAGACGUACUGAGGAGCGUAGAAAGCGACGUUCGGGUGGAACCGCAGCAUCUGCGCCACCAGCAGUUGUCCGUAUUCCUUCUGGAGCCGGAUCUCAGGACCAAUUGGUGCGCUCUCAAAGCUGCAGGCCACCGGCUCUCGAUGGCGACGACACUCCUCAGCCUCCUUUAAACCGCCAGGAUACAGUUCCGCCACCGCCUCCCCCUGACGAAGUCAUGCAGGAGGCUUUGGCUCCUCAGACGGUUCCUGCAGCAGGAUCCCCGUGUUCAGACGCAUUUGCACCUCCGGCCCAUCCUCCAUCUCCAACGUCUGGCAAACGACCAGUUCUGCACGGCACUUUGGAGAAGGCUUUGAGCCUCAAGAGCCAAGACGACAGCUUUCAGGGCUCGACCUUUGCCGCUUUCGAGCUGCGAGCUGGGCCUGAAGCUGCACAUUGACAUCGCAAAUCUCUUUGGCCUGGGAUCUUUGUUUGUGAAAUGCUUGAUAUUCUGAUACACGCAUUGAACCUCGAUGAAUUAAUAUCCCAGUCCAAGGCAAUUAGUGCAAUGUCUUUUGUCAGGAAACAUGACAGCUUGCCCUUUCACUGACGUGUGACAGCUGGCACAGAGCCAAGCUUCUAUCACCGUUGGUGGAAAAGGCUCCAAAGUCUUGUAAACCGGGGCUUGCUUUGGGCAGUUGCAGCUUCCAAACUCGUCACAUGUGGAACUCCAGCAAAGCUGGAAGGCAAGCAGGUGAUGUGUCUCACUGCCUUUCAAGAGUGUGCAGGUCUUGCACCUGUUGCUCUUGAGUUGAGAGUCUAAGCGAUGCCGUGGGCCAGGAGGUGCCCACAGCGCAGCCACAAGGUGUAAGGCGUAAGUCAAGCUAAGUGAGUUGUGAUUGUCUUGGAAGUUCAAGACCAGGAAAAAAGGAGGAACGGGAUGAUAUAGGCCUGUCCAGUCCGGAGGCAUUGUAUGGUUUCUUACUUCACUUCGAUUCAGCCUCUCUCAAGUGUUGCAAUUGUCUGCACAGGACUUGGCCCAUGAUCAAGAUGAUCGCCCGGAGCCACCAGUGCGACCAACACGGUCAUACUUGUUGCUCGGGAAAGAGGUUGUCCUUUCAGAGGGUGAUGCAGUCCUGACAAAUACCGGAUGGCGCACAUGGGCAGGGAGCUGGCUACUUGCACGACACCUGGAGGCGUAUUUGCCACAGCGUGAAGCUCCUCAACGCAUUCUGGAUUUGUCCUGUGGGACUGGUCUUGCUGGAGUAGCGUUGGCCAAGGCCGGCUACAAGGUUGUUCUUUGUGAUCUGCCAGAGAAUGUCCAAACUGUGAGGGAUAAUUUGGCCAGAAAUCGGUCGCCAAACCAUCCUUGGGUUGACCAGGCAGAGGUUGUCGGCUACUCCUGGGGCAGACCUUUGCCAGAGGAGCUCCAACAAGUCUUUGACAUUGUGCUUUGCGGAGACCUACUCUUCCAUGUUUGGAAUGAAAAGCUCCAGCAAGAAUUUAUGCAAACUCUUCAGGAUAUUUGCCGUCGAAGAACACCCAGUCCUGUGAUUGUCUUUGCCGGCCAAGUGCGCAGUGGUCGCCAAGAGAGCCAGGUCAUGGACAAUGUGGCAGAAAGACUCGGCUACCAUCAGGUGCCUAUUAGCCUAGACCAGUCAUGGUUUUCUGCGGCUUCACCACUGGUAGCCGAUGCAAAAUAUAGGCUUACACGCCUUGAGUCUGAAGCCAGUAAGUAGGCGCGAUCUAUUUAGCUGGAUCGCAUGUUGAGCUUUUUUUGAGGCCUUCUUUUCCCGUAGCAUGGAGCGGUGACCUGGCUCCGAGUCUCACUGUGUUGUCAAAGUUUAGGGCUUGAGCUGCAGAGCAUGGCUGAGCACAG